AUGUACGCCACGGGUACUACACGAGACCCUUCGAGUCUGUUCAAGCGGCUCAAUCUCCAGAUGCAAGAACACUACGUCGUCUGCUUCACCUGUACCCCUUGUGACGAAGCCGAGAAUACUCCCACAACAGCCGGGACGACGAGCAUACAGUGGUGCCGGUAUUAUCUGUGGGUGUUCAACUCUCCGCCGCUGACCCUCCCCAUGCUCGAAGGAGACAUCGACGUCGUCAAAGCUGGCAUUUACUCCAAAACGUGCAGCAUCAGGGGCUUCUCGAAGGGUGUCCACGCAGCGUGCUUGGAGAGGGCUGUGGAGAUUCUCCGAGCCCGUCUUUGA